GCCAUCACCGUGGACAGAAGAUUGUCAGAAAAAGUGUUGUAUAAUCAUUCACUGACAGCAGUAGCAAGCACGGUCAUUGUGGUGCAUGCUUCCAGAAGAUCUAUUAGUGCAUACUUGCCACCUACCGUGGAAAGCCGGGCCUGCUGGUAUCGAUUUUCCCCCUAGCUACGAACAAUCCCAGUUAUUUUGUACAUGUUCGACCGGAAUUCCGGAAUCCAGUGCUCCUUAUAUUUAUAGAGAAGACAGUUUAUAUAUUUUGUGUGCACUGACCAAGUGAAAAAAAAAGAAAAAGUUUUGAAAACCCUUCAAACGUUCUGCACGAAGGAAACGACAGUGAAUUGAUUAAGUUUGCUGGUGCAUUGCAACAUUCACAACGGCGGGAUCCGUUGAAGUAGCAGCAUCAACAACAGCAUCAGUUCCCUCAGGCCGCACUCAAUGGCGAAGGGUGCCAGGAAAAAAACGAAAUGGGUGUCUCUGUCAUUAGCCAGUGCCACAGCAACAACGGAUCCACCAGCAGUCGCUGACAACGAAGCCGAUGAAAAACUCAAAUCAGCAUCUCGAGGGAGAAAAACUUACACGGCAGUUGUCAGCUCGGACGGCACUCGAAAUUACCUUACGGUCGAUGGAUCGAACUCACACUAUGACAGUGCCCCAAAGGAGGAUGCCGGUGAGCACGGAGCAAACGUGAGCAUAAAUCGAGAAAGGCUAAACGACGAAGAACGAGGCCACUCUCCACAUUCGAACGGUCGACUUCCCUACUCGCACAGGAAUCACAUGCGCUUUCCCAAAAAUCACUUCAGUAGUCACAACAGCCACUAUCACAACAGUAGUAGUAACGCUAACGGAAAGUCUCAUUAUAGUCAUCAUAAUGGAGGCGGCAGCUAUAGCAAUAGAACUAGUGCACACUCCACCCAUUAUACUGCCGAAGCCAAGAACGAACAAAACGAAACCAUCACUAUAAACGAAGAAGAAUACACGAAAAUAACCACCCCACGACAGGACGUCCUGUUCAAGAAAGGCUACCUGUCGCGACCGAAAAGACGCACAACGACGGCGACCGACAGCAGUGUUCUAAGUUCCUCUGCCAACGGUGGCACUCCGAUCGAUGGCAGUGACACCGCUACCGGCAGCGGAAGCGUUUCUACCGCCGAAUCGGUCAUGUCCGAUUCGACUUACCUGACUGAAGGACACUUUCUAGAAUAUCCCACCCCAUACUUUGGCUAUUUCGACCAAAGUGGUGUGCUUGUGAUGAAUGGGUUCGCAAUCGAUAACAAUGGAUUCUCAUACAUGAACGGUGGUCAAACAUAUAUCUAUCCUCCCAACUACAACUGCCAGGCAUCGACCGUGUUCGACCAGGAGGAGCCAGCAGAUCUCGAGCAUGUGGACGAGCUACACGCUUGCAAUCAGACCCAGAUGCCGGACAUGGUCAAUACCGAGGAUAAUCCUGUUGAAAGUGCAAUCAAUCAGCCCGCCGCCGAUGCGGCGGACAAUGUAGACAGCAGCAUGUUGUUUCCCGAUAGUACUGCUUCCUAUCCUGCGACGGAAGAAUCUGCUCAUCCAGCGUACGAGCAGGCUGGUGCGAUUUGCGACGACGCUGUCGCAGCCGAACAGCAGCAGACUGUCGAGGAAGUGGAAGAAAUCCUACCUGCGGGGGCUGACAUGGAGCAAUUCGUCCCGCAGCAGCCAAUCUUAUCGCCUUACGUAAACGCUUAUGAUUAUGCUCAAUUUUAUAAUGCUUACUACUAUCCUGGCUGUGUGAUGGCUCCAUUUCCGGUGGCCGAAGACGCAGUCUAUUAUAACCAAGUCGGGUUCUUGAGUGAAGAAGAAUACGCAAAACAGUUUAGUUUUAAAAAACGCAAGAAGUGGAACAGAGGCUGGGAGGAGUACUACAUGGAAGUUCCUGUUGAUGUACCUCCGGAGGAGGUUGCUUUUGCUGAGCCUCACGAAUUCGUGGCGUCCGAAGUACCCACCGAAGAUACUGCUUCGCAAAUUAAUCACCAAACGCAAGCGCUUUCCAAUCAAUCACCCAACGUGGAGGAUAUCUCAAAUAUUCCUUCGCCAUCCGCCGCAAAGCCAACCACCACUCCUACUUCACGAGCAGCACAAAGCUUAGACAGCAUCCGAUCUCAACCACCGAAGCCGGCGUCGGUGCCGUCGCAGGGUGGCAGGAAACUGCAGAAAUCGCAGAACCGUAAGAAGGAUCUUAUCGAAUCUACACUGGCGUUUGCCGAGCAGAACAUCGAUCUCACCAAAACGGGAAGCGUGAAUGCACAGCAAGCCGAAAGCGCCAACGUUUGGCGAACGGUACGCCAUGGUAAGGAGAUAGUGGACGAGGAUCGCGAGCUGCGCCACAUUGACACACGCACCAUGACCAAAAUGGAAGCCAUCCGCGAGGAAAUAUCGGAAGCAUCUUCCGGGGAAAAUGUGCUGUGCCUAACGCCGCAGCCAUUGGAGGAACCUACUUUGUGUGGCAGUGCCAAUUUUGCGACCAAGCAAGCUAAAAAAGACGAACGGAUCUCGAAGAAGGGGAAAAAGACUGCCAAAAGCAAGGGAAAGAAACCGAAGAGAGGCAACCUCGGUCAGCAGCAGACAGGCUUUGAGGUAAUUGAGCCGGAGUUUGUUGUUUCAGUCUCGAAAUAUGAGAAGGUGAUAGAAGACGUCGACGAGGAUGAAGAUGAGGAUUUGCCAAAAGCUUCUCCGCUUGAGGAACGUGAGGCUCACCAAGAUGAUGUGGAAGACAUGCCGGAAAAAUUGGAAACCUCAUCACUUGAACAGGACGAUUCCCAGCAGGAGUCUUGCCCCCUAGAAGAAAAUACAAAUGUGCUUGAAGAUCCCGUUGAGUUUCCUGCUGAAUUGUUGGAGAACCAAACGGAUAAUGGUGCUCUGUUGAUGCUAGAAUCGACCUUAAAAGAUGUUCAGAAUGACGACCCACCGCAUGCUAGUGAGGUCUGUGAUAUGCUAAUAAACAAUAUUCAAUACAAUUUGAAUUUAGAAUCCGUUGACAUUAGUACUGGUACUGAUUUCGCUACGACCAAUGAAAGCACAUGUUAUGAGGGCUUGAAACAGGACAACCGAGAACAGUGUGAUAUCCUAUUGACUGAUGUAGUUUCUAUUGAAAAAACAGAAGCAGCAUCAAAAAGCGAACCGAAGUUAAACGGCUGCUUAGAGAAGCUAGCAGACAAUAACGAUCUAUCGGAAGAAUUUCCCGUUGCCCAAAUCUCUGAUGGCUGUCUAACGCCGCAGUCUAGCAAGCGGGACUCGCACUGUUCGGAAAAUAAAUCAGAGGAAGACAGCGAAUGUAAGCAUUUUAGCGAGAAGGAGUAUUCCGAAGCCUACGAUUCUGGUGUGCAGAGCCCGGCGGCCUGUACCGUUUCAACCGUCAGCUUUGGUGGAGAGGAACGAAAAUCCUCCGCCAGUAGUUCCUACGCUGAUAACGAUUCGAAUAAUCUAACCGAAGCGGUAACCAGUUGGUUGUCGGAGACCUUGCGCAGCAAGCGACUGGAUGAAAUGUUCAUUCUACCGGAGGAUCCCAAUCUACUCGGGCGGAUUCAUCAGUUUGCUGUUACGAGUUUUGAUGACAUUCUAGCCCUGUCUUCCGAUACGUUUAGCAGCAGUGGCGAGGAUGCCGAAGAUGCUGACAGCGAUUAUAUGAGCGAUGUUCAGGUUAGAAAUCGUCGAAUCGAUAACCAGCAGGCACAAGGGCACAAUAAUCGAAAGACAGAAAACGAGAAUGAUGAAAAUUUUCUUGAUAAGCAGACUGCGAAUGGCCAUCUCCAUCAUCAUGGGGCGAACGGCGAUGGCCAUUCUAAUCCUAAGCAAAAACGCUGUAUUAUUAUGUAAAGACAUAUUAGGAGAUUCGAUCCUAACUUAAUUGUUACUUAAUAUGAAACAAUACACAAAUAAGAAGAAAAAAAAACAAACUCGCGCAAACAAUAACCAAAAAAAAAGUCAUGCAUCGUUAAUCUACUUACGGAAUAUAACACAUAACUUACGCCAUAAACUACAUCAA